CUCUGCACUCCACGGGUCCCUGUCUAUUUUGUUGAGUAGGGAGAUCAUAGUGUUAUCCUCAUUCAAACUACGCCAACCAAUCCAAAACGGUUCAAACUGUUCUCAUGCUCCAAUUCUCCAUUCCCGACUAACUGAUGUUACCAGCAUUGCAAUGGAGACCAUUAUCUCCACUCCCACUUUUCGUCCACUCUACAAUCUUCAAUCUUCAAGAACUCAUCUUUCUUACCAAAAGCGUUCAAAUCUUCUAACUUUACCCAAACCCCUUCGUUGCAGCCUCAUAAAAGUGGAUAGCCGGCCAGAAAAGCAGCCUGUUUCUCUACCCAAAGUCUGGAUUUCGCAGGUCCAUCAAGGACUAACUGCGCUUGCAAUUUCUUUGGCUCUGAAUUUCUGCCCUGUUUUGCCUUCUUGCUCUGUGUUAGCUUCUGAGUUUGAUGUUCUUAAUGGAGGUCCGCCGAAGGAAUCUUACGUUGUUGACGAUGCUGGGGUCCUUAGCCGGGUCACAAGAUCCGAUUUGAAGCAAUUGUUGUCCGAUUUAGAGUCUAGGAAAGGCUACCACAUUAACUUCAUUACUGUCCGAAAACUAACUAGCAAAGCUAGUGCAUUUGAGUAUGCUGACCAAGUUUUGGAGAGAUGGUAUCCCAGUGUUGAGGAAGGCAACAACAAGGGCUUAGUCGUGCUCGUAACUAGUCAAAAGGAAGGGGCAAUCACAGGAGGGCCUGAAUUUGUGAAGGCUGUUGGAGACACUGUUCUCGACGCUACUGCUUCAGAGAACCUGCCAGUCCUGGCAACUGAGGAGAAGUACAAUGAAGCUGUGUCUAGUGCUGCCAAGCGUCUUGUUGCUGCCAUUGAUGGGCUUCCUGAUCCUGGCGGCCCCAAGUUCAAGGAUAACAAACGAGAAGCCAACUUCAAAACCAAGGAAGAGACAGAUGAGAAAAGAGGGCAAUUUACACUUGUAAUUGGUGGUUUGUUAGUGAUUGCUUUUGUUGUUCCAAUGGCACAAUAUUAUGCAUAUGUAUCCAAAAAAUGAUCUGUACCCUAGGUUCUAUUUUCAUUUGGCAUGAACAAACAUGUAUACAUUCUGUGUACAAAACUGUGAUCUGGGAAAUAACUCAUUUAGCAAUACUAGUUUUGUGUACAUUCUGUGUGUAUAAACUGUGAUUUGCGAUAA